GAGGUAGACAUGGCGGACACCUGAUGUCAUAAGAGUUUACUUUGAGUAGAUUCGGACAAAAUUCAUAUAAUUUAAAUUAUCAAUAUGUUUUUGUAUAUUUCAAAUACAUUAUUUUAAUUUAAACUAUUGAACAUUAUAGUAAGCCUUAAAUAUUAUUGCAUUUUAGCAUAUUUUUUUUUAAUCAAUAAUUAAAUCCGAUGAUAGAUGAUGAAAUGUUAAGAAUCUAGAUUAUUUGAUUGAAAAUAUUUCCUUUUUUCCAGUUCAGAAUUUUACGAGGUAACGUUUUAAUUUUUUGUUUAAUAAUGUUUAGAAAGGGAAUAAAAAGCAUGCAAUUAAACAACUGUCCCAGAUCCACUUCCUGUUAUUGAAUUAUCUCCAUGUAGAAGCCUCAUUCACAAUUUUACUUCGCGAUAUCGGUAUAUUUAGGUGUUAGUAAAUAUACAAGAAAAUUUGUCAAGGAUUAUAUACACGCAUAUAUAUCCUAACUAUAACGAUAGCAAAGUAAAUAAGACAAGAAAUUACAUUAAAAUUUGUAUAUUAAAGCUAAAUGCGGAUCAGAUUCACCUAUAAUGAACUGAAAAAAUAUUUAAGCCUUGUCAAACAGGUGUAAAAGAGAUUUUGCACCUCCCACUUAACAUUCAGCGCAGCGAGGUGUGUUGUUUGUGUUUUCGCUAUGUUCUCUCUUCGUUUGCUCUGAGUGUAUAUGUACAUGUUUACAUAGGAUAUAUCAACUCUGGAUAUGGAAGAAGAAUCCAUCUCGACAACAAAUGCAGAUUCUACUUUAACUACAGUAUCUGUAAUUGAACCAGAGACUUCGGAGAACAGUAAUUUAACGACGAUGAUGAUUAACGAUACAUUACAACAACAGAACGAUUCGGAAUUAACAAAUAUUAAGGAAGUAUUGCAAGUCACGUCUGAUGAGCCCAGUAAUGCCGCGGACAACACUUCUAUUCCACCAAAUAAUAACAAUACUAUACUAAACAACAAUAACAUCGAUGAGAUCCAUCAAAACAACAACCCAGAUAUCAGAAGUUCUUGCAAGAAAUCGGUCCGGAAUUCGGAGUAUCGAAAUGGAAAACGCAGUGUUACCUUUCCAGAUGAUCAAAGCCUUGUAAUAGGAUUUUUAGAACCUUACAACCCCUGGAAGAAUGCACCAAUUUGUACUGCGGAAGAACUUGUUGAUGCUUACAAAAAGGGAUGUAAAGUCUAUGAUGUGAAACCAUGGAAUAAAAUCAUUCAACAACUUUUGAAUGUAAAAAAUUGCUGGAAUAGGCAUAAAUCUUUCGUUCUUCAAGGUGAACAGUUGGAUCAUAAACAUUGUGAAGCUCUAGAAGAAGUCUUUCGAAGAGUUCAGUUUGAAAGUAUUGUUCUUAAAAUUUGUGAUUUGGACGAUGGGACUGCUGAAGCUCUUUUUGAUAUGAUUGAGUACUAUGAUUCCACAAUGAAACUGAAUAUGUCUUUUAAUAAAGAUAUUGGAAUUAGAGGAUGGCAGGCAUGCUCAAAUAUGAUCCGAAAGACUCCCAGUCUUCAUUAUCUGGAUGCACGAGGUUGUCAACUAAAUGAUUGUAUUAUAACUAUAUUUGGUCGAUCUCUUAAAUUGGGUUCCAAUUUAACUGUCCUACAUCUUGAAAAUACUUCUAUAACAGAAAACUGUUUGCUUGUUCUUGUUGAAGCAUUAAAAAGGAAUGAAGUAUUACAGGAGCUAUUUCUUGGGGACAAUAAACUGGGUCCUAAAAAUGGCAAUGAUAUUGGAAAUUUACUUAAAUUCAACAGUAAAUUACAGCUCCUUGAUCUCAGAAAUAAUCAACUUCAGGAUACUGGUUUAGGUAAAAUAUGCCAAGGACUUUGUCAAAAACUUAGCCCUAAUGGAAUAAAUACAUUAGUAUUGUGGAACAAUCAAAUAUCACAUCUAGGAAUGCCAUACCUUGCAGAAGCACUGGCAAAAUUAGAAUGUCUUGAAACACUGAACUUGGGUAACAAUAACAUCACAAAUGAAGGAAUUCAUUAUUUAAAAGAUGGAUUAUUAAAGAGCAAAUCUCUUAUCCGACUUGGUUUGCAAAAUACAAAGAUUUUAUGUGAAGGUGCUGUUGCUCUGGCUGAAUAUAUUGCUGACAGUUCACGCAUAUUGCAUAUUGAUCUUUGUAAAAAUAACAUUCGAACAGCUGGUUUGAUGGCACUGUCUCUUGCAUUAAAAGUCAAUCAAUCAUUAGUGAGACUUGAACUCGACAAAACUACCAAGAAGGAAGUGGCUGUGAAAGAUUAUGCUAACCAGCAACAACGUCUUCUAUCAGAUAUCAGCAAUUACUUAGAACGUAAUCAUAAUGUAGCUGUCAAAAAGGAAAACGAACAACAAAAGAAAGCAGAAGAAUUAGCAAAGAAACAAGAAGCAGAAAAGCUUGCUGUACAACAGAAACGGGAGCUGGAAAACUUAGAAUCAGCUUACUUCCCAACAUGCAACAGAAUACGAAGACCUACAUUGUUGUUUGCAACAGAGCCUUCUCCUCAGAAAACUUUAGAUUCCCCUGCUUUUAUUUCAGAUGCAGAAUUCAGCAAUCAAAUUAAUUCCCCAUUAGUUUCUACUGUAUCUCCAAUGUCUUUUAAAACUAUUUCAUCUCCACCUGGAGAUUUUCUUUUAAGUCCUCAAUAUUGUGAAAAUACAAAAGCAAAAAAAAUAUUUACUGUUACAAAAGUUGGUGAUGUGUCACCAUCAUUUCAACAUUCAUCUCCUACUAGCUUACCAACAUCUCCAACCACUUUGGGAAUAUCCUCUCCCACUUCAGUAGAUCAAGUCUUGUUAAAUUUUGACCCAAACCAUUCCUCAAGACAAGUGUACACUAAUAAGUUCACUGAAGCAUCUGAAAUUUGUAAAGAAAUUGCUGCUGAAACUAUUAGUGGCCUUUUUGGGAUAACAGUAAAAGACACAAACAAUAAAAAUGAGAGCACCAAUGGCAAAAACAAAAGUUUUCAAAUAUUAAGUCCAUCUGAAAAAUUAUUAUCACCAAAUGUAAAGACUGCAGAGAAUUCCUUGUGUGAAAAUAGAACUGAAACCUGUACUGAUUCAACACAAAUUAGUAAUAAUAAUAAUGAUUCAAAUACCAAUGUCUCAAAUAUUAAUAACAAAAAAGAAUAUCUAGGUAAUGAUAACAAUGACAAUAGUGACACAAAUACUAGGCAAAACAAAACAGAUGCAAAUAAAACAGUUGAUCCUUCUGAGUGUGCUGCGACCAAUGACACAUUAUCAGUUAUUAACAACUGUGAUAGCAGGAAUUCUUCUUCAGAUGAUGAUGAUAAGACUCCAGAAAUCAGGGUUCAGUCACCUCUUGACCUAAGUGAUGUAAGUCAUGACAUAUCAACCAUUCUCGACAGUUUGGAACUAAAUAGUAACACAAAAUCAAAUAAAUCAAACCAGCACUUUAAAACAGAUGUGAUUUCAACUCCUGAAGAAUACGAAAAAGAAUUGGAUGAUAUGUUGGCUCAAGUUCAAAAAGAUCAUAAUAUCAUAUCUCAGUAAUAAUGAUUUUCGGAAUCGUUAAUCCUGGCUUCAUUUAAAAUAACAUUCUAAAAAGAAUGACCCACAAACUUUUCAAAUUAAUUCUUUCUCACUUUGAUUCCUUAAUUGCCACCCUUCUGUUAGUCAGAUAUUGUUAAUAGUUUUACAAGAGCACAAUUACUUUCAUUUUAAUGCUCCCCCUACAAAGUUUAAUUUAUUCCCCCCCCCCCAUUGCCAUUUUCGAAAAUAUCUACUAUUUCCAAUGUAUGUUACUUUAAUCCUUUUAAAAAAAAAAACACUCCCGUAGUAUGUUACAUCUCUUUUUAUCAAAAUUAGUUGUGGAUAUUUGAUGGCUUAAAGAUUUAGCAGUCACAUUAAAAUUAUUUCUACUAUGUUACUUCAAAGAAAUUAACAUUCAAAUAAAAUUAUUAGAAUGCAAAGUUGACAAAAAUAAUUAAUUUGAUGCUAAUUUUCCUUGAAUAAUAAAAUAAAUAAUAAUAAUGUUGGGAAAAAUUUUGGAUAAUUUCUAACAUCAAGUGUCUUUCAUAAUAGUCUAUAAGAAAAAAAAAAAUCUUUAAAUAUGGUAAGAAAAGGACUUUAUUUAACAAAAUUUUGAGAAAUUGUUGAUUGGUUUCUAACAGCUUUAUUGUUUUGUUUUUUCGUUUGUUUUUUUUUUUUUUUUUUUUGUUGAUUUAUUUUUAGAAUAAAUUUUAUUUACUUCUAUUUUUUCCACAUUCAGAUUUGUUUUUGCUUUCUUCACAUUCAGGUUGAUGUAAUUAUUCUCAUUAUAUAAUUUAUUAGAAUUUAAAACUUUUUUUCUUUGUUUUCAACUUGCAUCUCUACAUAGAUUUCUUCUCUAUUUUUCUGCUUUGAUAUAUGUGUAUAUUUUACUUUUGUUACUAAUUUUAUUCUUCAGCAUUUCUCUCUUUUAUCUGACAAGUUUGCAUUGUACUUGAAUAAUUUAAAAGCAAAAUAAAGAACUAUUAACUACAAAA